CGAUCAGCUCCCUCCACCUCUUCCAUGGGGAGAGGCUAGAAAAAAUAUCUAUUUAUAUUUAAAUAUAGGCACAAUCAGGUCUUAAAUCACAUGAAAAAUAUCUUAAAGAAGCUUAAAUCAUGUGGGAAAACAUGAAAGAAGGAGAAGAGGCAUAAACCAAUCAUAUAAAAAAUAUUUUUUUCACAUCAUUCCCGUCGGCAACGACCUCCUCCAUUUCAUUGCGAAGGGGAGACCUCCGGAACCGUGAUUAAUUUCUUCAAUUGCCCUUCUCUCCUCUAUAAUCCUCGACCGCCGUCGUCGACGCGAGACCACCGUAUGAUAAGGCUAAACCCAUCGCAGCUCGAGCGCGAAUCCUCUGCAGUGUGCACGCGGCACCGUAGUGCGGCAUUGUUUGAUGGCCGUCCAUCCUCUGAUAGCGCCAUAGCGGCCAUCCACGCGUGCACCGCACUCUGCGGUGCCGCGCGCGCACCGUCGAGGAUCCGUGGGGUCGCAGGUCUCCUUCCGCCACGUCCCCGUUCUCUCCGACCUCCUCCGGCGAUCCUCCUUCCCCUUCAAUGUUCCGCGCCCGUCUGCAACCGCCAAAUCAAGCCAGGAGGAGAACGUUGGUGGACGUCGCAGCGGUGGGUGAGGCCCCCUCAAUGGCAGGCUCUUUGGGUAUGGGUGGUAUGGGACACGUCGUGAUGGCCUCAGGCGGGACCCUCCCGGUGAGCCCCGGGCGUGCCGGUGCCCGGAUUUGGGCGUUGUCGGGUUGUUUAGUCUUCUGGAGCCCGAUCGAUGCUUUCGAUUCUUGUGAUGAUCUAUUACUUAUAGCCAAAGUGACAGUUCGUAAUGCACAUACCCUCAGGAGGAUUAUGCUUCAGUAUUGUAAUCGAUCUUGUGGGUUAAUAAUCGACUUGAUACUUGGAAUUGAAGCAUCUAUCCCAGGCUGGCAGGGCAGCAUUGCUUCAAUUGGUGCUUACCUCCACUUCAUUAUGCUUGAUUCCAAACUGCCUUGUGACUCAGGCUGUUAUUCAGGCUUUUGAAUGAACUCUCAAAACAUUUUUGUGGGAACAUAACACAAGCCAGAGGAAACUACAUGUGACUUCUUGGGAUAAUGUAUGUGCAUUCAAAGCAGAAGGUGGGUUCUUAGAACAGCAAUCCCUGUGGAGCCAGGUAGUUUCAUCUAAAUAUAGAUUUCUUGGGACCUAGAAGGAUUAUAUAAAGUCGUGAAACUCUUCAGUAAUCUGGAAGGUUAUUUGUGGCAGUGCUUCAGCCAAUUAGAUUAAAUUAUUAGAGGAUGUGUGGCAUGAUUAGGUGUCACGUAAUCAAAUACCUCUGCUGCAGAACAAUACUAAAUUUAAUUGUCUGGAAGCUAACUGUUGCUCUAAGGGUUCAAAUGCUCUGGUGGAAGAUCUAUUGGGAUCGCCUUCCUUGUAAAACUUUGUUAGCUCAAAGGCUUCUCCUAACGGACCAAAGCUCCUGCUCUCAUGUUUGCACUGGUUGAAUGGAGGAUAUUCCUCAUAUUCUGGUCAAUUGUCAGAUGGCUCAGGAGGUGUGGAGCUUCCUUGCUGCAGAACAAGCUAUUCCUGAGCUUUUUCAGAUGGGGUCAUGAUGGAGGAUCUUGUGGAGCACCAGCUAACAGAGACAACCAAGUCCUGGACCUAUUAUGCUAGCUGGUUCAUGUGGUAUGCAAGGAAUCAAGGGAACUUCCCGUCUAAUAUCUCAAAAAUUCUGCAUAUUAAGGGGAUGGCUAACCAUUUGUCAGCCAAGUUCAUCAAUGCUGCUUCACCCAUGGCACUGGGGGUGCUUCAUUUCACAAACCCCACAAGUUCACCUAUUUUCAUGUGGUGUGUACCCCCUCCCCAUGGUGUGGUUAAGGUCAACUUUGAUGGUUCACUCAGCAGAAGCGAUGUGGGAGUCAGCUUCAUCUUCAGGGAUCAUACAGGGGAGGUUCUCUAUGCUGGUUCAAGAGCACUACAAUCUAAUUCUGUGCCAAUGGUUGAAUUGCAGGCAGCAUGGGAAGGACUUUCUGCUGUGCACAAGCUGGAUCUUCAUCACAUUUGGAUGGAAGGUGGCUCUGCAAUGGUUGAUUCAAUGGAUCAACAAUGCCACACUACCUCUAAGAUGGGCCAUGAUUACUCCACGAUAUCACUGAGCUUGAAAGCACUCUCUCUCCUUUUUCCUUGCUGCAUAAACUUAUUGGGAGGCUAACAAGGCAGCGGAUUGGUUAGCUACAAGAAGAUCAAAGCAAGACUUUCUUGCCCAUGCAAACAUUCCCCCUGAACUCUCAAUUCUGGUGGAUGCUGAUGGCUUCCAUUGUCUUUAUUUCCAUUAUACCUCCCAUUUGCCCAAAUAAUAAAGUUCUUUUGGUUGGAUCGUCCAUUCAGAUGUAAAUUACUCAUAUCGUCUAUAUACUGUAGUCUAAACUGAAGCAAGUGUUGUAUCAGGCCUGACUGAGUUUUUAUAUGGUUAUUUGAAAA